AUGACCGCCCAGGAAAAAGUCGACGAGAGCAAUGAGAUCACGGUUCAGGCUCGCGAUGUCGACGUGGCCGCUAUGGUAGCGGAGGAUGGCACCUACGAACUCACGCCUGAGCUCGCUCUCGCCCUCAGGAAGAAGAUCAUCAGGAAAAACCCAAAGUAUAAAUGA